AUGGCGAAGCGAGAUGUCCUGAGGUCUCGUUGCCUUGUGGUUCUUGCCACAGCUGCCUUCAUCUUCUCAAAGAGGUCUGCCUAUGUCGCGCCCACGCUGGGCAAGGAGAUCAGUGAGGCCAAGAUUGCAGCUCUGGAGAAGAUGCCUUCCCAGAGUGCUGUGGGAGCUUCCCAGUUGACGGUGUCUUCCAUGAGCCAGCUUGCUGGGACUUGGCUUCUUUCCAGCCCCAAGGAGAAUGCACCAAAAGGGUUCUUGUCUGGCGACAUUCCACGAAUGGUGUUGAACCUGUACCAGGGAGACAUUGGGAGGAUGCUCAGUAUGAAACUGCAGUCCGAACCCACAGUGCGCAUUGCUGCUUCUGGGGACACCUCGACCGUGACCAAGUUGAGGUGGGGAAGGCAGGAAGAUGACAUCACCUUGUUGGGGCAGCUGGAAUUGGUUGCUCCCAACAUCCUUCGUGAGAAGCCGAAGUCCACACGAUCGAAAGUAUUGAAGCUCACAUGGCCCGCCAUGCAGAAGCAAAGGGUGCUGAACGUGACGUAUUUCGAUGAGAAUCUCAUCAUCUUCCGCGAUGAGCGCGGCAUCGUGGACGUGCUGCAGCGCAAGGAGCCUGUGCCGCGCAUGGGCCAGCCAGGUGGGCCAGUCAUGCAGGAUGAGGAGCCGAGGUCUGUCGAGACCAACGGCCGCUUGCGCCGCCUGGCGGCGAUGCAGCCGAGACAUGGAGCCGCAAAAGGUGCCAUGAAGAGAUCUUCACCCACCGAACAGGUCCACGGAUUGCUUGAAGAGGUGCAAUCUCUCUCGAGCAACUUGGAGGCGCUGCGCAAUCAGACCACGGAGGACCAGCAGGCGCGUGAGCAGCUGGCGAAAGAGAUCCAGAGGCUGGAGAAAGACUUGGACAAGGCCACGACCCAAUCCCGAGCUGACUCGGUGAUUUUGAAGGCCCUGGACAAGGUCAACCAGAAGGUCUCCGGCCUCUUCGAAACACAACAUCAAAAGGCGGAAGAGAAGACCCGAACCUAUGAAGACCUUCAAGCGGAGAUGGACAGUGUCACCCUUCGAGCCAAGGAGAUGGAAGAGAACGUCAUGAGGUCACGGGUCCGAGAGGCCACCUUGCAAAAGGAAAUCCAAGCGCUGCGUUCGGAGCGCGCGCGAGGUGAAGCCUUUCGCGCAGCCAUGCAGCAGGCCAAAGGGGACCUGAAGACCGUGCACCAAGAGCUGAAAGCCUCCAUGAAGGAAGUGGCACGUCUGAAGGAAGAAGCACGAAGUCGAAGUUUUGUGGUGAAUCGCGCGCAGAAGACAGCAGCAGACGAAGAGAAUGCGAGGAGGAAGAUUGAGGAAGAACUUCUGGAUCAGAAGCAAGGCCAGUCCGAGGCCGCGGAGCGCUUGGCCCAUGCCCAUCGCAUCGAGCAGGAGUUGAGGGAAGAGCUUGCCAACCUUCGCACAGAGUUCGAGACACUUGAGCAGCGCGAGGUCAAGGCUCGUGAGAUCGCUGCUGGCAUGGAGGCCGAGAUCGAUAACCUCUUGAAAGAGGCGAAGACUGCACAGAAGACCCUUCAGCAAAGCGGCCUCGACACCAGGAAGAAGCACGGCUUCUGGCCUUUUCGCUGAAUGUGGUCGAAAACGAAGACCUCUUUGGUGCAGCUUGGCUGAAGGGCUUGGUGGAAGAGCCUCGUUGUGUUUAGAUUGAAGAAUCUAAGAACAACAACUAGGCUGUUGUGUGAUGCUUCAGGAAACGGCAUGUUUCAGCCUAUACUUUGCGUGAUGCUUCGAGUUCUGUUCUGAAAAAUGGAUAAAAGCAAAUCUCCAGGCUCACAAAGUUGCAUUGUGAUUGUGACACGUUCCCCUCUUUUGAUUCAAAGUUUCUCCAGAUGAAUCAUGGUUUUGUGCACUGCUUGUUGCUUGAGUUGCUUUCAUGACAUGAGAUUGGCUCAAACAGUGCAGGCCCUUGGAUCGCAACUUUCUGAGCCACACCCAAAAGACCCUUCCUGC